AUGGCAUUGAUCCGCAAGGACAACCGCUACACACUAUCCGUCAAACCAGUCGACUACUCGCUCACAGAAGGCACGAAUAUACCGGCCCCUCUCGACACACCGCCACGGUCACCAGCUGGUAGUGCAAGACCGCCGACAUCUGGAGGAGGCCCGCUCACAUCCCACCCAGCAACACCAGAAGAUAUGCCUGGUGCCUACCCCAUCACACCCAGUGCCACGAGGGACUUGGACGAUCUGGCCAAGAUCAACACAUCCAUGUUCACUGGCAGGGUAGAGAAGGCCGAUAGUUUCCGCACCCCUUACUCGCCAGCCUCCGCCGUUCCAACAAACACAACCUCUUCCCCUGAGCAACCACAACGUCGCCCUUCUGGUGUCCGAAGGCUAUUAAGCCUGAGUAGUCUACGGUCCUCCUUCAACAGCUCGAGAACAUCUCUAAGUCUUCCACGACAACCAUCGGAUGCGCCCGCGCCCGCACCCGCGAUCAACAAUCUCAAGCGUCCCUCGACUGCCAGCAUCAUGUCACAUGCCGAGUCCACGAACUAUCAACCACGACCGGACUUGAGGAGGAAGAAGUCAAGUGGUUGGUUCAAGAGGAAGAGCGGGAUGUUUAUGCUCAAUGACGACAAUACACUCGCCGCUGUAGAUGAGAGCACGUCGAGACCGGAUACUCGAGAUAGCAAGAGGCUGAAGGAGACCAUCGAACCUGCGCCGCUUCUACCCGAGGUGGGUAGGCUCAAGGGUGGAAGAAUAGGGAAUGGAGAGAUCGGCUGGGAUGAAAACCUGUUUGGGAGGACAGGCGGUAAAUGGGCCGUAUACAUUCGACAGUUGCGAGGAACGCGAGACGAGCUGUACAAGGACGAGUGGUGA